GCCAAACCAAGGCAGGCACUGCCCCAAACCUCUGUGCAAGCAAAUCUUCGCCGCUUUUGCGGCGUAUUUGCCUACCCAACUGCCGUCAUGGAUGUACCGUGGCAUCGUUCAUGUGACACUUCGCUUCUACGGAAUCUGCCUGCUCACGCCUCACAUGGCAAACCUAUGCUGAACCACUCCGAGUCAAUCCUUCGGACUGUAGUGCUUCACUUCAUUAUACCUUCAGCCUUGUCUUCUGCUCUCCUUCACACACUCUGCUUCUACACAAGUCAUUUUCAUAUGCAACCCGAGACAUGCGAUAGAUCUACAAAAUGACCUCUUCCGAGUCGCCGAUGGAACAUUUCCGAUGCGCUCUGGAUACCAUGAAGAAAUUUGGAACUGACGGCAAUGGUGAAGUCAUGAGAUAUGUCCCAUACGGGGAUUUAAAGCAUUACUGGUCCUCGGAGCGAAUAAAUUCAGUUCUCCAAUCUUGCACCCUUCCGACGUCGAUGGUAGACGACAUUUACCAACGCUUCCUACGAAUCUUCUCAAUCCUUGUGUUUAUCGAUCGGCCGCAGUACCUUAAAGUGUUCAGAAGAAGAGGAAUCAAUGAUGAGAAUUUACCCUUUUCGGGGCAUUGGCCGUACAGGACAAAUGAGGGGGAUGAUUUCCAGCUGGCAUUGAGGGAUAUUUACCAAAAUCAAUGGACCUUCUGUCCAAUUGAGUUUGGUCAAAAGAUUAUGUACAAGAGGAAGCUUGAGACUUGUCAGAUUCUUCCGUUCGUGCGUGAACAGAAUCUCGGCGCUGGUGGCUUCGCGGAAUGUUACAAAGUUAGGAUUCAUAGUUCUCACAGUAUUUUCCAGGAACCAGUCCAGGAAGAAGUAUUUGCCGUAAAGGAAUUUCCUCGCGCCACCCGACACAACUUCGACGCCGAGCUUGAAGCCCUUGCUGCACUUAGCAGAAGGCCAUCACAACACAUCGUUCAGUGCGUGGGCUCAUACGUUCAGGGCAACAAGUACCAUCUGGUUCUAGAAUAUGCGAAUCACGGAUCGCUCAAGGAAUACCUACAAAGCUCAAGCCCGCCAUGCUCUGCUCUUGGCUUGCAACGUUUUUGGAACAAUGCGAUGGGCCUUCUCCAAGGAUUACGUCAAAUUCAUAACACGUCCUUGUGCGACACAAAGACGGGUUCAAUGGUAGGCAUUCAUGCAGACAUCACUCCUCAAAAUAUCUUAGUUUUUGGAAACAACGAGGAGCCAUCCUACGACGUGACGUUCAAAAUCAGUGACUUCAGGAUGUCUUCGAUAAAGUCGUCAGUCGGCAACAACACACCAGUAGUGGGCACGGACACCUACGCCGCUCCAGAAUACUCUUCGGCGCACAUUGACGGAAGAAGAGAGCGACCCUAUGAUAUCUGGUCUCUUGGGUGCAUCUAUAUGGAGUUGAUCGUUUGGCUUACAAGUGGGAGUGAUGGCUUGAAAGGUUUCCGUGAUCGAAGGGCCAAAGAACUAUCUAUACGGGAAGAGUGGGAGCCAGCAUUUCACAAUGGUACAGCCCCACUGAACGAAGUUUUGUUGAUGUAUGAACACGCUAGAUCUCGGCUAAAGCCAUACGACGACUGGUCAGGAAUAGUACUAGAUUUGGUCGAAAAACACAUGCUAGUAAGCAGCAAGAACGAGAGACUUGGUGCCAGGGAUAUACAUCGCCUGUGGAAAGAGAGCGUUGAAACGCCCACUCAUCAGCCCCCUGUGGUAAACUCGAUCGAUUUGCUACAAUUAUCGACCUGUUCGACAUCUUCCACGAUUUUCGACAGUAGGCAAGUAUGGAGUACAAACGAGUCGGCCAGAAAUGUUGCUGAGGGAGAACUUCGUUGUAUGGAUCAAAGCAGCUUGGUCGAACUUGAAGCAGUUCCCGAUUUGGCUUUUCGUGGCCAGGAGCUCAUGGGUACGUACAGAAAGGGAAACCUAGAAAGGCACAGGAACAGGAAACAUGAAAUACUAGAAGCCUACGGCAGAAGAUAUUCUCCAUUUAGCACAUCUGCUGCGAAGCGGAAUCCUUUAGAUUCCCUAGGUCUAGGAAUACAGAGCUCCAGCUAUCAAAAGAGGAUAGGAGGAAAUGAGCGUCACCCACACUAUACACCGGACGCGGCACAGAGCUCUGAUACGACAAUAUCGAUCUAGAAUGCUCAGCGUCAGAGCCGACAUGGCUUAAUUCAACUCUCGAACGUUUGAGUUGACUCGCUGCCCAACUAGC